AUGGGUUCAGGGAGCACGGUCUUUAGUCCAGAGAAAUACGGUGAGAGAAAUGAAAGACGGAGUUUAGAUUCUUCAGCCAAGUCUUCAUCUCAUUUGAAUGUGCAUCUGAAUGGUCCUUCAUAUGCUCCUCCUAUGAUGCCUAUAGAUACUGAUGAUGGCAUUUUAUAUAAAGCUAUUGGUGGUGUGAGUGGAGAUCUUCUCGAACAAAAUUCUCAGAUGUUUAAUCAAGUUUCAUCAAAUUUCUUAGCUUUCCAGAUACAUGAGAACGUCAGUAUCUUGUGCAAAGCUCGGGACAAUAUCCUUGCAAUCUUGAACGACUUGAAUGAUAUGCCAGAGGUUAUGAAGCAGAUGCCACCUCUUCUGGUGAAGGUGAACGAAGAGCUGGCAAAUUCGAUCCUCCCUCGCCCUCCCCAUCAAAUGAAGUCGUGA